AACGAAGAAGAGAGAAUAUAGCUGAAGAAUUACUGUGGGUGACGGGGGAAAGGAAACCAGGAAGGAGGGUGAAGAUCGCCAAGUAGUGAGCAAAAAGGCCGCCUUCUCUUCUCCUUCUUCCCCGCCAACAGUGACGCCCUACGGCCGAGACGUGCGACGCCAAAAAACUCUGCGAGUCGAGGCUCUCUCUCUCUCUCUCUCUCUCUCUCUCCUUUACAGGCAUGCGAUCGGUCGGGUGCAGGAUCGUCCGGUGAGAUCUCGCCAGAAAAGUCCAGGGGGCGGGGAGAGGGAGAAAGAGAGAUGGAGGAGGAGUUGAUGGCCAAUGGCGGAGAAGAGGAGGUGACUUCGGAUGGCGGGGUCGGCAUCAGGGAGCCGCUGCUGGAGCAGCACCGUCUCAAGGUCCACCGUCUUCAGUCCGGAACGAAUAUGACCUCUCAGGUCGCCAUCGUCGGCGCCAAUGUCUGCCCGAUAGAAAGCCUGGACUACGAGACAAUCGAAAAUGAUUUCUUCAAACAAGACUGGCGUAGCCGAGGAAGAGUUCAAAUUUAUCAGUACAUUGUUCUGAAGUGGACCAUAUGCUUUUUAAUUGGUAUAGUUACGGGUUUGGUCGGAUUUUUCAACAAUCUAGCCGUGGAGAAUGUUGCGGGAAUCAAGUUUGUUAUAACUUCAAACAUGAUGCUCAAACAGAAGUAUAUUUUGGCAUUUGUUGUGUUUGCUGGGUUCAACUUUGUUCUUAUUCUGUUCUCAUCACUUAUAACAGCAUGGAUUUCUCCAGCGGCAGCAGGUUCUGGUAUACCAGAAGUUAAGGCUUAUCUCAAUGGAGUGGAUACGCCAGGAGUAUUUGCUCCACGUGCUCUGUUCGUAAAGAUAGUUGCGUGUAUUGGUGCUGUAUCAUCAUCACUUUACGUGGGUAAGGCUGGUCCAUUGGUGCAUACUGGUGCAUGCAUUGCAUCAAUCUUGGGACAAGGUGGCUCCAAAAAAUACCGUUUAACAUGCAGGUGGAUACGUCAGUUCAAAAAUGAUAGGGAUAGGAGGGACUUUAUAACAUGUGGCUCUGCUGCUGGGAUUGCUGCUGCUUUUCGAGCACCUGUAGGAGGUGUCCUGUUCGCUCUGGAGGAAAUAUCAUCCUGGUGGAGAAGUGCCCUCCUUUGGAGAACUUUUUUCACAACUGCAAUAGUUGCUGUUGUGCUUCGUGCAUUUAUUGAUCUCUGUAAUUCUGGCAAGUGUGGAUUAUUUGGAAAAGGUGGUUUGAUUAUGUUUGAUGUGACUUCCGUAGAUACUGCAUACCACCUUGUUGAUCUUCCCCCUGUGAUUCUCCUUGGAGUUAUUGGAGGAGUUUUGGGAAGCCUUUAUAAUUAUCUCCUAAAGAAGGUUCUUCGGUUUUACAGUCUUGUUAAUGAGAAAGGCAUUAUUUAUCAACUGCUUCUUGCUUGCACACUUUCAAUUUGCACUUCAUGUUGCAUGUUUGGGUUGCCAUGGUUAGCUCCAUGCACUGCCUGCCCAACUGAUACAGUGGAAGUCUGCCCCACCAUAGGCAGGUCUGGGAACUUUAAGAAAUUUCAAUGUUCACCAGGUCACUAUAAUGAUCUUGCCAGCUUGUUCUUCAACACCAAUGAUGAUGCUAUAAGGAACCUUUUCAGUUCUGGCACGGAUAGCGAGUUCCACCGAUCCUCAAUACUGUUGUUCUUCUUUGCCUCCUAUAUUCUUGGAGUCUUGAGCUAUGGUUUAGUACUUCCGUCAGGCCUAUUUGUACCUGUUAUCUUGACUGGUGCCACAUAUGGUCGCUUAGUCGGAAUGUUGGCUGCAUCACAUUCUUCCCUUAAUGAAGGCCUUUUUGCAAUACUUGGGGCUGCAUCUUUCCUUGGUGGUUCAAUGAGAAUGACAGUUUCACUUUGUGUAGUCAUGCUAGAACUUACCAAUAAUCUGCUAAUGCUUCCACUGGUUAUGCUGGUUUUGCUAAUAUCCAAAACGGUUGCUGACUCAUUCAACAGCAAUAUCUAUGAUGAGCUUGUGCGGAUGAAGGGACUUCCAUACCUUGAGACACAUGCAGAGCCUUACAUGAGGCAACUGACAGUAAGUGACGUUGUCACUGGUCCUCUGUGGUCCUUUAACGGGGUUGAGAAAGUGAGUAACAUAGUACAUGUACUCAGAACAACAAAACAUAACGGGUUUCCUGUGAUUGACCAACCUCCAUUUUCAGACUCGCCAGUGUUGUUUGGUCUGAUCCUUCGGGCCCAUCUACUUGUAUUGCUGAAGAAAAAGGUUUUCACCGCAACAUGCACCCUCAUUCAGGUGAAUGAACUGAAGCAGGUUGUUGCUGAUGACUUUGCAAAGCCUGGUUCAAGUAGGGCUGAUGAUAUUGAGGACAUAGAACUGACAGAGGAGGAGCUGGAAAUGUUUAUUGAUUUGCAUCCUUUCACAAACGCCUCGCCGUACACAGUUGUUGAGACAAUGUCUUUGGCUAAGGCACUGAUAUCGUUCAGGCAGGUCGGGUUGCGACAUAUGCUGGUUGUUCCGAAGUCAUCUGGUAGAUCUCCUGUUGUGGGCAUACUGACGAGGCAUGAUUUUAUGCCUGAGCAUGUCUUGGGGUUGCAUCCAUACCUGAAAAAGAGCAAGUGGAAGAGGCUGCGGUUACGUCCUUCUUCUUUGAUUAAACUGUUUAAUGCUUCACACAUGAGCCUGAGGCCUAAUGUAUAGUCUGUUAAUUCCGGCAAUAAGUGGCACAAGGAGUUUUCACCUCCACUGGCCUUUACACAGCUUCCAGAAGUGGGAAGGUCUGGUGUCGGAACUACGACCCUUGAAAGGUUUCAACUUCCAGAUGAGGUCAGUCAUUCAACUCACGAAUCCGCGCAAUGAAAUUUAUCAGUUUAUUCUUUUGCAUUGUGGCCAUUGUGGCCUUUUUUGGUCCGUUCAAAACUGCAUUGACAGUUAGCAUCCAAUUAAUGUCGGAAUGCACUCUUGGCUUAAUGCACAAUUCUCUUGUAAAUAA